AGAGGGCGCAAGCUGUCAGAGGCGCUCGGUGAUAGGGCAUGGGGUGUCACGUGGUGCGAGGGGCGGGGGGGAGCCCAGCGCUGCGCUCGAGGCGCUGUGCGGGGCAGAUCUCGCGUGUCUUGGUCCGGAGCCGCGGCUGGGGCGCAGAGGCUGUCGGGAGCGAGGUUGGCCCGGGGGGCGUCUGAGGCGGCGGCGGUUGGCAUCUCGUUGCUAAGACACUGGACACUGCUUGCUUUAUAGCAAGGAAGAUCUGAAUUCCUCCAACACUCAGGAUGGGGAAGGAUUAUUAUUCUAUCCUGGGAAUUGAAAAGGGUGCUUCUGAUGAGGAUAUCAAAAAGGCUUACAGAAAACAAGCGCUUAAAUGGCAUCCAGAUAAGAACAAAUCUCCCCAUGCAGAGGAAAAAUUCAAAGAGAUUGCAGAAGCCUAUGAAGUGCUGAGUGAUCCCAAAAAGAGAGACAUUUAUGAUCAGUUUGGGGAGGAAGGUCUGAAAGGAGGAGCUGGAGGACCUGAUGGACAGGGUGGUACCUUCCGGUACUCCUUCCAUGGUGACCCACAUGCUACAUUUGCAGCUUUCUUUGGUGGCACAAAUCCUUUUGAGAUCUUCUUUGGAAGGCGGAUGCCUGGUGGCAGAGACACUGAAGACAUGGAGGUGGAUGGUGAUCCAUUUGGAUCCUUCACUAGUUUUAGUAUGAAUGGUUUUCCUCGGGAAAGGAAUACAGUUGGUAGCCAGUUACGUCGUAAACAAGAUCCCCCUGUAAUCCAUGAACUUAAAGUGUCAUUGGAAGAGAUCUAUCAUGGCUGCACAAAAAGGAUGAGGAUUUCACGUAAAAGGCUUAACCCAGAUGGCAGAAGUGUCCGAACAGAGGACAAAAUUCUUACUAUUGAGAUAAAAAGAGGGUGGAAAGAAGGCACCAAAAUCACUUUUCCAAAAGAAGGUGAUGAAACACCCAACACAAUUCCAGCUGAUAUUGUUUUUAUCAUCAAAGAUAAACCUCACUCUCACUUCAAGAGAGAUGGAUCAAAUAUUAUCUAUCCUGUUAAGAUCAGUUUAAGGGAGGCUUUGUGUGGCAGCUCUAUCAAUGUGCCAACAAUAGAAGGAAGAACCAUACCCAUGACAGUAAAUGAAGUUGUGAAGCCUGGGAUGAGAAGAAGAAUUAUAGGAUAUGGUUUGCCAUUUCCCAAAAAUCCUGACCAACGUGGAGACUUAAUUAUAGAGUUUGAAGUAAUUUUCCCUGAUAACAUUUCUCCAGCAUCAAAAGAAGUACUUAGGCGAAAUCUUCCAGUUUCAUAAAAUGAAGACUGUGUAUCACAACUGUUUAAAUAGGACACUGGAAAUGCAGAAGGACUGGCAAGUCUGUGCUUUAAAAGUGCAAUCUGUAACAACUAGUGGAAUAUUUGUUUUUUUGUUUUGUGGGAUGGGGGGGAAAUACUGUAAUGCUGCAUGAGAAUAAAUGAGUUAAGUACAAGUCAUACAGGUGACUUCUGCAGUAAAAUUUACAGGGAAAACUACUCAUUUUAUUUUACAUCUUCCUAAUCAGAAAAGUUUAUUCAUUAUUUUACCUAAUGUAAAAUGUAGUCAGUUUUUACUAAGUCAGUGCAUAUUUCUUAUACAGUACUUGGGCCUCCAAGUACUUUGUUUCUUCUAUCCCUAUCAUAUCUAUAGCAUUACCUAUUUAUACGGAAAUUGGAGAUAGUAAUAGAAAUACACAAAUGUAUAAAUAUUUUAAGGAGCAAAACAUGAAAUACAUUGUUUUGGUAUGUUGCCUUCCACUGCACAAAGCAUAAGCAUAGGGAAAACUAGCUUGGACUCCUGAAUUGAUCCCCAGUGCAAUUAAAGCAUUUUCUUUAUUGCUCCAGAAUGUAUCAGGACUGCAUUGCAAGUCUAGCAGAGGGCAUGUGGCUUGAGGAGCUAGAGUAGCCACUUGCUAUGGGAUAGUUCCUCAGCCUUCAGGGAGAACAGAAAGAAGGAUUCUACAAAUACAGAAACAGCAAAUGGUGGGCCUGCUGUCGUACGGGGCAGGGAAACUGGUGACAAAUGACAUGGAGAAAGCUGAGGUGCUCAAUGCCUUCUUUGCAUCAGUCUCUACUAAUAAAACAAGCCUUCAGGAAUUCCAGGCCCCUGAAACCAGAAGGGAAGUCUGGAACCUCAGCAGUGGAGGACCACAUAAGGGUGCACCCCUAGUGCUGAGGGAGCUGGCUAAUGCUAUUGCAAGGCCACUAUUAAUUUUAUCUUUGAAUGGUCAUGGAGAUGAGAUGUUCUGGUAGACUGGAAAAGAGCAAAUAUCCCUCCUAUCUUGAAGACGAAAAAGAAGAAAGAUUUGAGGAGCUACAGGCCGGUCAGCUUCCCCUCAGUCUUUGGGAAGGUGAUGGAAAAAAAUCUUCCUGGGAAGCAUUUCCAAACACAGGAAGGACAAGGUGAUCAGCAGUAGUCAGCAUAGAUUUACAAAGGGGAAAUAGUGCUUGACCAACCUCAUUGCGUUCUGCAGUGAGGUGACUAGCUUUGUGGGUGACAGUAGAACAGCCAUGUUGUUUAGCUUGACUGUAGUAGAUUGCUGAAAGGUACAGGUUAGAUAAGUGGAAAGUGAGGUCAGUUAAAAACUCCCCAAAUGAGGGGGCACGGGGAGGGGUAUAAUCAGUGGCACAAAGUCCAGUUGUAGGCAAGUCAGUAGCGGUGUACCCUAGGGCUCAAUAUUGGGGCCAGUACUAUUCAGUAUCUUCGUUAAUGACCUGGAUUAUGGGAUGGAGUGCAUCGUCAGCAAGUCUGUGGAUCAUUUGGUAACACCACAUGAUGUACUGCCUUUUGAAGGGACCUCAAUAGGAUGGAGAAUUGGACAGAGGAUUCUCACAAAGUUCAGCAAGGAGGAAUGCAAAGUCCUGCUCCCUGAGGAGCAACUCACUACAUAUAAAUACCUGAUGGGAGGGAAUGAAGACAGGGGGGCCAAGACCUUCUCAGCAGCUCUCAGUGACAGGACUAAGUGGCAGUGGACACAAACUAAAACACAGGGGAUCCCAUCUGAAGAGAAGGAAACACCUUUUUACUGUGAAGGCUGGUCAAACACCACAACAGGUUUCCCAGAGAGGUUGAGAAGUUCCUGGAGAUGCUCAAAAACCUGACUAGACAGGCCGGGGCAGUCUCCUGUACCUGACCAUGUUUGAGCAGGAGUGUUAGACUACACAAUCCCAAGAGGUUCCUUCCAACCUAAAUGAUUCUGUGAGCUUGGACUUUGUGCUUCUCCCUAGAAAGUGCUAUGGGCUGUGUUCUGCAAACGAGGCUUAGCCCAAAGAUGGGUGGUACUGAUGUGACAGCUUAAAACCCUAGGGAGUAGAUCUAUGCUUGAGUGGAAGGGCGCACAUGAACACUGUAAAAGCAUUUGUCUAGUGCAGGUGUUUAAAGAUCAUACCAAUCUCAAGUAUUCAUGGUUUUCAAAGGCUGAACUUUACUCUUAUGAAGAAGAAGGAAAAGCCCAGGUCCUAGCUAAAGGAAAGUUUGCUUAAGACACAAAAUGGGAUAGGGGUUGCCCAUAAACUUUCAUAUGCUUGAAUUGAGUCUUUUUUUAACACAAAUAUGAGUUAUUUGUCUUUUAGAGUUAAAAGGUGCAUAGGAAAAUGGAGAGCCCUCUAAUAGUCUAGUUUUAUAAUACAGUAAUAGGGCUGGUUCCCUUGAUUGCAGCAUGAUUUCGGUGAAAGAAAUGCUUUGCAGGUGUGCUUUAUUACUUGAGUUUAAAAACAUAAUACAGUGCUCUAACUACACUUUCAGAGUUUUUCAUUUUGUUUUCCUAUAAGAUUUGCUGUCAGCCUUUUGCCUGUGGAAAUUUAAUAGUUACCUGCUCUGUCAGGUAGCUUAAGAAAUAGCAGUGUUAUCUUCAUAUAUGUGAUUUUCUGCAGUAAACAAUGUGGAAUUUGGGAUUUAAUUUACGGUAACUUUCUAAUGAGCACAAGAAGAUUCCCAUUUCUGUUACUCAAAGGAAUAGAACUUCUGGGAGAUACUGUUCGAGUCAGUUUUUCAACUGUAGAUCUCUUUCAUACACUGUCAAUUGUAGUCAUAAAUCUACAAGGAACUAAACAAUUGCUGGUGCAGUAUCACAAAAUGAAAAAAAUUGCUGCUUACUGCUUAUGCUUAUUGUUAACACUAUAUAUUGUUCAAAAAAUUCCCAUUUCAGUAUGUUCUGUAUUGCAUUUCUUAUGUGGUUUUUAAGUAAAAAGUGUAAAGUUGGUUUUUAGCUUUCUCUUAUCUUUUGUUAUGAUGGCAGAUGCUAUAAUCUACAUGACUUCAAAAACGUAUCAUCCUUAAAAUACCUGUUAGUUUAAAAGCUAAUGGAAUUGAGCGUUUUGUAAUCCAGAAUCUUGUAACCAUAGUCCAACUUGUUUAAAAAAAAAUAUGGCAACUAGGUCUAUUUUUUGUAACCAUCUUCAGGUGAGAGGAAUAGUGUUAAAUUGCGGAAUUGCAGUAUCUUGUGUAUUUAGAGGUGUGUAUAUAUAUAUAUGUAUAGCAAACUAAACUUUUCCAACUGUUUUCAUGUUCAAAAUGCAGAACUCUAGGACUGGUAUGAAUGCUUGUAUUUUCUUACAGAAAGGUAACAGAGUAUAUGUUUCAGAAAAUAGCAUGUGGAAUUACUUCAAAAUAUGAGGGAGCAUUAACAUCUGUCUAAUCCAGGAUUCGCAAAAAAGAAUAUUUUUCUAAUCAAAAAUGUGCGUCAAAGCUAUGUUUUAAAAUCCACUUUAUUAUUUAAUAAAGGCUGUUUGGGAGAAGGAA